AUGUCCAUCAGCACUGUUGCCGACGAGUUCGUCGAUGAAUUCGAAACAAACUUUCCGGAACUAUUGGCCGAGGACUGCACUUUUGUCGAACAGGUCCAAUGCAACCAGGCUGAAGUCGUGACUCUUGUCUCGCCAGGCAAGGCCAAGAUGGUGCGCGUGUCCAGAAUCAGUGCUUCGUCGUCACCAAUCAUCGUCAGGCCCACGACUUCAUCAAGUCUGAAGCCCAGCGGCAGCUCAUCGCGUCUGAGCAUUAUUUCUAUCAGAUCACAAAGUCACAACGGCUCCGUCGCUUCUCUCAAGGUGGCGUCUCCCAAGAUGCCUUCGACACCAGAACUCGAGAUUGGGUCUCAAACACCGACAUCUAGCCAUGGUCCCGCGACUCCAGAUUCUCCGGCGUCUGCUUACUUCGAUGCUCUCACCAGCCCAACAUAUGUCAUGCCUUGCCCGCCUAAGCAUCGCAUGUCCCGGAAUGGAUACCACCUCAAGUUGCCAAGCAUGAACAGCAAGCGUCCUGGAUCUUCUCAAUCCAUGAUGGCCGCUCCGGUCUCUGCCCCGUUGACACCGCCAUCUCCAUUCAUCAAGCCAAAGAUGACGCCCCGCGGCGCGGCCGAGCGCAUGGUACCUCGCGGUGCCGGCGAACGCAUGGCAUCUCUGGAUCUGCCGCCCUACCCUCGCGACUUCAUCCAACAACCUCCCAAAAGCCGAUGGACUGUCCGCAAGGAUUCCUUCAGUUCCAUAUCCUCAAAGGAGAUGCCUAGAUUCAGGCUCAAGCGGGCCGAAAGCGGUCUUCUACCUACUUGGCAAUGA